AUGAAUUUGGAGCGGAAGCUCAGAUCUUCUGUAACUUUGGUAAUCCUCUUCUUCACCUCAUCCGCAAAUGCACAAUGUGGCUACCGAUGCGUCGGCGGCGGUGGAGGUGGCGGAGGCGGUGGUUAUGCCACCGCACCGGUUUACGGUCACUACAUUUCACAACAGCAACCACAACAACCACAGUUUCUACCCGAGCUUCAACCUCAACCUGUAUUCACACCACAACCUCAGGGUUAUUAUUAUACAAGUUGGUUUCUGAUUGGAGGACGGAAGUUUUUGUAA